AUGCCCAUUAUUUCGACGCUCGCUGGUGUUCCCCUCUCCACUUUAUGGAAGAAGAAAAGCGGAACAGAUGAAGAUUAUGACAUGUGUAACUGCUUGUGCUGUUGGCGCCGUCGCCGUGAGAGUAAUAAUGUUAAGGAUAGCGUACAAAAAGUUCAAGGACAAAUAACAUUAGAUACUCAACCGAGAGACGUAAAGGAUUCUACUGUACAACUCCAGAACAAGGGUAAAGAGUCAUUAUUAUCAUCAUCAUCAUCAUCAUCUGUUGUGCGGCGAACACCUUUUUGCUCGUUAAAUGGGAAGGCCUAUGCUGUUCCAAUCAGUAUGACUAAAGAAUUUUAUGCCUUACUUGAACGCGCGCAGAGUGUUACUGAUCCAGAGGAUUUGAAUAGCCCUGUGUAUUCUUCAUUAAAAUCACCUGGAGUGUUGUGGCGGCAUGACCCUUAUAGCAUGAAAGUUAUUGAUUCAGCCAGUUCUUUUUCAUCUUCAGAAGCAGAGUUUGAACCUGUGAGUGAAUUUGAGGAGCUUCCAGAGUAUAAGAAUAAUGAGGAACCAGCUGAACCCUUGACUAUGGUAGAGAAUGUUAGUUACCCGUAUUCCAUGUAUGAUACCAAUAUUCAAAAUUCCAUUUACAGUUUUCCACCCACACCAGAUCCAUAUGGAUCAGUUUUCUUCGUUUCCGCAGGUGGAUCUUAUUAUCCUGGUAUGUAUGCAGGUUACCGGCAAGUGUGUCAUGAAAUGCCUUUACCACAACAAUUUCAGCCGAUGUAUCCUUACAAUGUACCCACGACAACAACAACAACAGCAUCAGCAGGAAGUGUAAUUUCAGAUGGUAUUGAUCAAAUACACAAUUGGAAAAGUAGUUCUGUUCCCAUUAUACCAUCUAGUCGUCCAGUGCCUUCUCCAGCUGGGACUCGCCUUGUUAUUCGUUCCUUCGCACCUCCACCUCCACAACCAGUAGCAGCAACAACAAGUGUACCCUUUAAGUUAAGUACUACUAAUACUAAUACUAAUACUAAUACUACUACUAAUACCAGUACUUUAAACAAUAAGGAUAAUAACGGCAACAACAUCCAUAACAACAGCACGGAUCAUACAAUGAUGACGGCCCAUGAGGAGACCGACCACACGGCUGAGAGUGAGCACUCCAAGUCCCGCAGCAGUUCACACCACAAUCACCCCCGCCGUCGGUUAAAAGUGCGCCGCGCAGGUGAAAGUGAUGAUCAACGCCCCGAUGGGUGCCCGGCAACACUCCCGCUUUUUCACCGCCUCGCACCGCUCUUCGUUGACCUCGCCGCUUACACACAUCGCCGUCCCAACACACACAAACACGCACACGCACACGUACAACUACGAGCACCAUACCGAUGCGAUGAAAGCGAUGCCUCAACACGGGAUGCAGAAGUUCAUUUUGUUUAUCUUGUUGCCCAUCGCUGUCGUCGCAGUGUUGCCGCCGCCGCCAUGCGAUAUGAAGUGGGCGCGUUGGUUGUACUUGAAGGAGACAUGGGCAUUGAAAUGGGCGCCGUGCACACAGUGCUGCCGAUGGAUGAGUUUGCUCGUCUCAGCCCACAGGAGUUGUCUAAUCGCGGCUUUCCAGCGGAUGGGGAUGUGCGCAGCGCGGCAGUCAUUUUGCGUGGGGCGACUUCAGUAGAGCAGACGCACUACACGGAUACACUUCCGCGUCUUGAGAGUGAUUUGUUGGCGUUUCUACAGCAGCAACUGGAUCCCACCAUAUUUCUGGAUUGUAAUGUGCGGCAGAUGGAGUUUCUGGGCUGUGAGUUUCAAGCGGAUUGUAAGAAGAUAUACGUCUACUACAGGGCAAAGAAGCGUGUAUUGUUUCGGGAACUGGCACAGUACCUGCACUCAUUCUAUCGCUGUCGCAUUUGGCUGCAUGAAGUGGGAAAGGGGGAGGCGACAGUCUCAACGGACUCUUCACGCGAGACGGAUAACUGA